CCUUUUCCUCUCCCCCUCAGGUCUGCGCCAGUCUGGUCCUGCUGUCGGCCGCCACGCUCCUCGGCCUCAUGUCCUACUUCUUCGCCGACAAGAAGCACCGCCGCGCCUUCCUCGAGACGCGACAGUCCCUCGAGGUCAAGAUGGUCAUUGAGGAACAGUCCCGCGAGCAGGAACGGCUGCUGCUCUCCGUCCUGCCGAAACACGUGGCGGAGACCAUGCGGCAGGACCUUGGGCGUGGCGGGGACGGUCAGUUCAAGAAGAUCUACAUGAGUCGCCACGAGAACGUUAGCAUCCUGUUUGCGGACAUCGUGGGCUUCACCGCCAUCUCGUCCACCUACACGGCCUCGGAGCUGGUCAAGAUGCUGAACGAACUGUUUGCGAGGUUCGACGGGCUGGCGGAGAAGUACCACCAGCUCCGCAUCAAAAUCCUCGGGGACUGUUACUACUGUGUGUCCGGCGCCCCGCGAGAGAGGAGCGACCACGCCGUCAACUGUGUGCACAUGGGACUGUCCAUGAUCGACGCCAUCAAGUACGUCAGGGAGACCACAGGGUGCACCGUGGACAUGCGGGUCGGCAUUCACACGGGGGCGGUGCUCGCCGGGGUGCUGGGGCAGAGGCAAUGGCAGUUCGACGUGUAUAGCAAGGAUGUGGUGCUGGCGAACAAGAUGGAGAGCAGCGGGAAGCCAGGCCGCGUCCACAUCAGCAAUAAGACUCUCCAGUACAUCGGCGGGGAGUUCGAGGUAGAGCCGGCCUACGGGGAGAAAAGGGAGGACGCCUUGCGGGCCGCGGGGCUCAAGACUUACUUCAUCUCCAAGGUCCUGCGUCCGUACAAGCCGCGUCCGUCCCUGCAGAUGAUGAGGAACGGCACCAAAAGCUCUUCAUCCCAGCCCUCCCGCGAACUGCCCUCAGAGAACACGAUGGCUUCCAGAGACUCAACGACACUGUCAACGGCGGACGAAGCCAGGAUCCUAAAGGCGCUACAGGAAGGUAACCGGCCAGACUCCUCCUUCAAAUCCAAGCUGAAGAAGGAACUGGUGAACCGCGAUGGACGAAAGGACCUGCUGAACCAGACGAGUUGCCUCACGCUCAGCUUCCGUGACAGCAAAGAGCGGGCCUACCACCGCCACCGGGAGACCUUCAGCGGCGCCGCCACCACCGCCGUGCCCCUCGUGAUCGUCCUCAUCGCCAUCGCCAGGUUCCUCGUCAUGCCCAGGGCUGGCGGCGGCGUGGUGGUGUUCCUCUUGGUGGCUGCUCUGCUCAUCGGGAUGGCUUCGGUGUCUGCUGCCCGGUCCUUCCCCGUGCGGGUGUGCGAGGCUCUGCUCACGGCCAGCGACAAGGUGCACUCGGUGGUCUGGCUGAGGGUUACCUGGUUCACCUCCCUCGUGGUGAUCGCCGCUGCAGCCAACACGGUCGACAUGUACCUAUGUGACGCCCUCUAUAUGACCGAGGCGCCGGACCCCACGAACGGCACAGAGGAGCUGCUGGUGGAGGCUGAGGCGACGACGAACGGGACGGCGCUGGGCGGGGAGGGCGUGGCCGAGGUGUGCCCCCACCCCGCCUACUACUCCUACUACACUCUGCUUAUCCUGCUGGCCGCCUCCCUACUGGCUCAGGUGAGCUACAUGAUCAAGAGCGUGGUGAUGGUGCUGGUGACCGCCGUACAGUGCUGCAUGAAUCUGUUGGUGCUGCACAAACUACUGCAGGACGGAGAGCACGGGUCUCCGUGGGAAUCUCUGAGUCUGUCUGUGGAGCUGAGUCUCAUCACACUGCUCCUCAUCACCCUCAACAGACAGACGGAGAAAACCUCGCGGCUGCUGUACCUGUGGCGGCGGGAGGUGGAGGAGCAGAGGGAGCGCGCGGCGGACAUCAGGCAGCGGAACGAGGCGCUGGUGUACAACAUCCUGCCGCAGCACGUGGCCACACACUUCAUGGGCAUCAGGAGGAAGAAACACGAGGAGCUGUACUCCCAGAGCUACGAUGAGAUUGGGGUGCUAUUUGCCUCCAUGCCGAACUUUGGGGAUUUCUACUCCGAGGAAUCCGUCAACAACCAAGGUCUGGAGUGCCUGAGGUUCCUUAACGAGGUCAUCUCAGACUUUGACCAGUUACUUGAGGCCGAUCAGUUUCACGACAUCAUCAAAAUCAAAACCAUCGGCUCCACGUACAUGGCCGCCAGUGGACUCAACCCCUCGCGCCAGGUGAAGGAGGAUGACCCGGUCAAGGUGCGGUGGGCCCACUUGGCACUGCUGGUGGACUUUGCCUUUGAGCUGGUCCGGGCACUCCAGUCCAUCAACGAGCAGUCUUUCAACCACUUUGUCCUUCGCAUGGGGAUCAACCACGGACCCAUCACUGCCGGCGUGAUUGGGGCGCGCAAGCCUCACUAUGACAUCUGGGGCAACACAGUCAAUGUCGCCUCGCGCAUGGAGUCCACCGGGAAGGCCGGAUGCAUCCAGGUGACGGAAGAGACGACCAAGAUCCUGCAGAACUUUGGGUACGUGUUUGAGCAGCGAGGCCUCAUAGCCGUCAAGGGCAAGGGGGAGCUGAUGACCUACUACCUGGUGGGGAAGGCCGCCAGCCCCCAGCAGGUGAAUGGAGAGUCGCUGGACUACUCCCGGACUGACGAGCAGCAGACCAAGACUUGAGAGCAUGAAGCCGAGUAACGAACACCAGCAGCAUAUGAGGACCUCACCAUCACCCAUCAUGUCCCCCUAUGAGCCGCCAGCUAACAUGGCGGCUUGUACUGCAGCCCCCGGCACCGUGAUGGUCUCUAGCACCCCACUAACAAGUAUCUGAAACACACACACACACACACACAUAUACACAUACACCAUAACGCACAGUGACCCAGCAGACAACCAUAGCCACACUCUAGUUCCCUGAAGCUUUUUGACUCAUGUACAUACCCCAGAGCAGGAUUCACUAAUAGAUACAUGUAUAGCCAUUCAUCCUCACCCCACACCGUUAAUAGUUAUAGUCAGACCGUUUCAAAUAGUCCGUUUGGGCAUUCAAUUCCACAGGUCCUUUCCUCCCCUCUGCCCUGCCACACAGUCUCAUAUGUUACCUAUAGGGGAUAUAUGAGAGGGAAAAAUAGGCGUUGGGAUUGUGUGGCAGAGCAGAGGGGAGGAAAGGACCCGGGGAAUAGAACGCCCAGACAGACUAUUUGAAAUGGUUUGACUAUAGCAACACACAAGCCUUCUCUGGAAUCACUUUUGCCCCACACUCCACACGGGGCCAGAGGAGGAAAUGUUACUCCGCUCUCUCUCCACAUAGAGCCAGACAGUGUUCGUGUGGAAGUGGAGCGCCUAAGAUGUAAACUCUGAGGUGGAGGCAAGUUGAGCAUCGACGUGAUUGCACAAACCCUGGACUAGCACAGGUGGAUAAGUCUAUGGCAGAGCAGUGCAAGCGUUGGGUUAGGUGCAGAGAAACUGGUGGAAAGACUUACGACAGUGUACAAGUGAUAUACCAGUGGGCAUUUUGGCAAGAUUUUGAUAAGGAAAGACAUGUUUGAAACUGGUGGAGACUAUAGCAAUGUAUGUGUGUGAUAUGAGUGAAUUUUGGCAAGGUUUUAAUAACAAAAUUGACAUGUUUGAAACUGGUUGAAAGAAAAGAAGACUUGAAUGAUAUCAGUGAACAUUUUGACAAGGUUUUAAUAAGGAAAUUGACAUGUUUGAAACUGGUGGAAAGAAAAGAAAAUAUAUGUGUGAUAUCAGGGAGUUUUGGCGAGUUUUAGACAUAUAAAGAAAUGGAUAUGUAUGAAAAUGGUUAAUAGACUGAAGCGAUGCAUGUGUGAUAUAUGUGGAGUUUGGCAAGUUUUAGACAUAUAAAGAAAUGGAUAUAUAUAAAAAUGGUUAAUAGACUGAAGCGAUGCAUGUGUGAUAUAUGUGGAGUUUGGCAAGUUUUAGACAUAUAAAGAAAUGGAUAUGUAUGAAAAUGGUUAAUAGACUGAAGCAAUGCAUGUGUGAUAUAUGUGAAGCUUGGCAAGUUUUAGACAUAUAAGGAAAUGGAUAUGCUUGAACUAUACAUCGGCUUGCCAGAAAAACUCAGUAAGAAAAACUACCUGUGAUUUCCUAUUGAAGUGUAUCUGCCGUGGCGUCUGGAGUGACUGGUGUGUCCCCCCAAGCGCUGCCUCCCACACGGUCUUGGGAGGCGCGGCGGUGACUACCCUAGCUGUUAGGACUCCCAUGUGUCUGUAAACAAUCCAUUGAUAUGUGUCGUCCCAUCCCACUGGCGCCCCUGAUGCUUGUGUUGUGUCAGUGUAAAUAAACGUGUCCAUUGUGGCUGUCUAGACCAGUUGAACUUUUAAAGCUUUGGAUGUCUUUCAUGCUGGGAGGGAGAGAGUGUUUUAGGUUUUUCUGUUAGGAGCAGAAACUUGGGUCCUUCUUCUGGAAACGAACCCUCUGCCUUACCGUUCGUGUGGAGACUUGACAGUGUUUUCUACUAGUUGACCUUUCUUAGCCUGUCCGACCAAGCAGGAUGUUGACAGGAAUCUUGGAGCUUACCCUGAGGACCAACGGAACAACCUCCCCAGCAUGGCGACGCAACAACACACACUCUUAGGCAUUACAGAGGACGUCCAUUGGCCCGGCAGACACCCCAGACAGUCAUGUAUAGUGUGAGGGAAGGUCACACCACUGCACCCUUACUACCACAUGGAGAACUUAUAUACUCCUAUUUUGCCUCUUUUUCUUCUUCAUUUAAUGUCCCUAUAUUUCCUUAUGGAUAACUUACUACAUGUAUUUCACUAAUUUCAUCUCUCUCUUAUUUCUUAAUGCUAUAAUCAUCAUCAUCAUCAUCAUCAUCAGUUGGCCUCCCCCUCCAUCAGCUCCUUCUCCCGGCCAGCCUCCACACUCAAGGCCCCGCCGGCCCCACCACUGCGCCCCAGCCGUGCGCCUGAUGGAGCUUUCCUUGGCCUCUCCGUGCAAGACAACCUUCAGUGAUCAAGACAAACCUCUGAGAAAUGUUCUGCAUACCUUGUACUGAUAUGCAGCGUGCUUUCUCCUGAUGAUCCAGAUACCAAAUAAUUGUUAGCAAGUCACCCUCGAGUGGUGGGUCUGAAGGCCUAGGCAGCACCCUGACAGGACCACGAAAGGAAUGAAGCGAAAACUGUCUGCGUUGUCUUGGCUUCAUUGGAAUCAUAAUUGCACAUAACUGAUAUUUACUAACUCCUGAUAACUAUGAAAAUCUGUAGGGCUCUGAUUCAGUACAUUCAAACAUUUGCAAAACCUUUUUAUAGUUGUCAUUUUGUGAUCAGGCGGUAGGAUUCCUGGCGUGCGCCGCGCACCCCUCCCGUCAUCACCCCUGCGCCGCGCCAUUGCUCUGCGCCUCGGGGCGCAGGGCGUGUGGUGUGUGUGUAACCCGCCUGGAGAAUGUGUCCAAGUACUCUUGUGUAUAUAUAUUUACUAAAAAAACAUAAUUCACAGGUUCUUUGGUGUUUUAGCCUGUCAUCAGACCAGCCGCUGUGUGCCAAGUUGCCAACCAAGCCACGCGGCGCGCGUCCCCUAAUUUGUCUCCCCUCGAAUCAUUCGUUUUGCGGCCAUAGACUUUUUGGCCUCUCGUUGUUCAUCAUGUUUUAUAUAAGGGAAAGAUAACAGAAAGAUAUCGAUGUACACCGUUGGCUUGGAAAAGUUUUCUUAUGAAUGUUACGCUGGCCACGGGAAACUGAUGGACGAUGACGAUAAUGAUAGCAAGAUUACAAGACUGCAUUCCAUUACUUAACUUGAAAUUACUCUUCAAGAUAAUCAUGUAAUCAAUUUCCUCCCCCCUCCCCCCCUUCCUUCGAGUGAGAGCUCAUUAUGUAUAUGUUCUUAGACACUUUCCCUCGCUGCGUUCACAGGUCGUAACAGUGUCGCACUCAGCAUCGACCUUCCCUCACAGUUCAAGCUCUGUCCCCAAGCCUCGGCGGUUGAACCUGAUCUGAGGCUCGGCUGGCUGCUGGCACCCACGAUAAGGCCUGCUCGUCCCCUCACACUCACGGCACGGUGCCCGGCGCUCCAGGACACGUCUUCCUUGCCACCUUGCCUCUCCUGCUCCUCUCAACACGGGGCACGGGAUUAGUAUAUGACAACAGGCGAAUCUCAGACACUUACUAACUUAAUUGGCCUAGCUGUUUGUACGGAGUGCUGACAACAUAUUGAACAAAAAGCACACACACACACACACACACACACACACACACACACACACACACACACACACACAGUUGUCACCUCUCACGCCAACUAUUUCCAAAGGCCGAAACGGAGAUCAAUUGGGUUUUCACUUUUUUUUUUAUUUUUUUUUAUUUUUAUUUUUUUUUACGUUCAUGGCACAGUAGAAGGGUCAAGCUACCACCGGGGCCAUAAAAGCACCCCUGGAAAUGCCCCAAACUCCUACGAAAGCCUUGUGGAAUACGUGCUUGUGGACUGAAAUGAAGAAUAUGACCCUGGAUGAACGGUCAGCGCUUCGACACACCACAUACACAGUCAUGGGUUCGCAUCCACCUCACUAUGCAGGCUGUCUUUGGGGGGGGUCGCCGUGGGUGCAUUAGCGGUAAUACAAUGAAUAAUAAUACUCAGGAGGGCGAGAUCAAUACGGAGUCUGGCUAGGGAGGCCGAGACACGACGGGGCCACUGCGGACGAGAGCCACCAAAAUCGAUAUAUACGAAUUCUCUAGGCAUAUGGUGGGCUUCGCGGGAGGUGGCGUGACAUAUCAGUGGUAAAAAAAUAUAUAUACACUAUUUUUUGAGGAUAUUUAGACUAUUUUUGUAUAUAGCGUCUCUAUUUCUACAACAGCUGACUUCAUAACUAUACCAUCUUAAGAUAGUUCAUAGAUAGGCAGGUGUUCCCGUGCGAGAAGAUAAUGGGUGGUGAGUGGCAACCUGUACCCCGCCCCGCCCCGACAGCCCCGACACCUGAGAAUGUAACCUGAGGACGGGGCGGGGCGGGGUGGGGCGGGACGGGGCGGGGCGGAGCGGAGCAACACCACCACCACCAUACAAGCAAAUAAAAUAAUAAACUGUUUACAUGACUCCCCCAGUGUAUCCCCCGUGCCGUAUAUCCACCGUAUGUAUAUUACUCUAGGUUGUAUAUGUGUACUACUGCAGUGUCCAGUCUAGCAGGAUCUCUUGUGUUACGUCGUCAGCGGUCAACCCUCGCGGCGCCGUGUUCCUUCGAGCGGGCGCCGAGGUGACCGUGGUGUGUUCAGUGUCGCGAGAGUGUAAUAAAGUCAUUUGGCUCCA